UUAUGUAUUCAAAUGAACCCUUUUUAUCCUUUCAGAUGUUAUAUAAUGCUGUGAACUGCUAGUGGCUAGUUUGAAUGGUUCAAGUUGGAGUGAUCGUAUUAUGUGAAGGGUACAGCAAUGGCGGACAACGAGGGACCUGUCACAGUGGACGAUCUGCCGAUAACAUUUCAAGUAAAGUAUUUGGGUCAGAGCGAUGCGAGAGGCCUGUGGGGCAUCAAGCACACGCGCAAGCCUGUCGACCUCAUGGUCGCCGCCGCUAAAGCCUUGCCACCAGGUCAAAUCCUGCCGAUGGUAAAGCUGAUGAUCACAGUGGAUGGCGUGCACGUGGAGACGGCGCGGCUGGCGGGAAAGCGCGACGAGUUCGAGCACAUGGCGGUCUUCUUUAACAUCGAGUCAAUCUCGUACGGCGUUCAAGACCUGGUGUACACGCGCGUCUUCUCCAUGAUCGUCGUCAAAGAUAACGCGGACCUCAAGGGGUUAAACCCAUUCGAGUGUCACGCCUUCGUCUGUGAAUCUAGAAACGCAGCGAGACGACUGACAUAUUCACUGGCUGCUGCCUUCCAAGACUACUCGAGAAGAGUUAAGGAAAUGCAAUCCGCACCAGAUCAAGAGGACAAGCCUCCGAGCCUUAAGAAAAGAUUUGCAAUCGACUUACGCACGCCUGAGGAGAUAGAAGCGGACUUUGAGACCGAGGCCUGACCAAAGAUAAUGCAGUACCCAACGCCUGUUGGCACGUCAGACACUAGAGUACCCUUGUUACCGACGUGCCAACUUAAAUACCGAGUACCUUUGCAUACGAGUAUUAAACUGCCUCACUCAUUGUCAUUAAGUGCUUACUAAGCGGGUCUUACUCUGAGAGAGGCUAUAAAUAGUACGUAUAAUAUAUUAUACAC